AUGGUGUCAAAAGCUAGGGUGGUUAUGGAACCUACAGCAAUUACAUCGCUUGUGCUAGGGGCUGCGCUAGGACUUGUGGUUAACGAGAUGUAUCGAGUAAGUAAGGAGGCAGUUGAAAGAUGUGAUUUAUUUCAUGAUGAACUGGAAUACCUCAAAUCCACAAUCAAGAUUGUGACCCCAACCAUCAACCAAAUUGAUCAAUCCAGAAACCGAAACAGUUAUCCCAGAGAAGUAGUAGAGGAGAUCGAAACGUCCAAGAAACUUCUUGUGCGGGCAAACGAUCUGGUUAUGACUUGCUCGGAUAUACGAAGACGGAAAGUUUGGAAAACGUACAGGUGCACAAAGAAAAUUAGAACUCUCCAUGAUUCUCUAAGAGCCCACUUGACCCUCCUACUGGGUGUUCUUAAUCAUGUGAACCAAAUGAAGGAGGACUAA